GCGCGAUGUUUAAAUCUGUUUCCGGUUCUGUCUGCUUCAGCCGAUCAAUACGCCAGACAUGGAGCCACAUCACAACAGUGUGACGAGGACUCCCCUCAACAAUGUUGUAGUCCAGAGGAGGAGCAAAAGUAAGAGCUACCGGCUGUCAUACCGCAGCGGCUUAGGUGCUGCUUCACGCCUCGGCUUGACUCCAGCACUGACGGCGCGGAGGCUCAACACCAGCAGAAGGGCUCCGAAGUCGCACAAUAUCACUGAGAAGGUGGAUCCGGAGCAGCUGGCCUUGCUGGUGAAAACGGAGUGGCAGCUGUCGUACGUCACUCCUCUCUAUCAGUUCAGACACACCCAGCUGAAGAGCUACUCCAGGCAGCUCUCCGCAUUUAUCGCUGCAGGGAAGCAGCAAGGUUUGGCAGUGGAGGUGGAGGGCUCGCAGACAACCUUCAGAGUCUCCUUCUCCUUGGUGCCGGGGUUGACCGAGUCGGACGAUGACGCUGAGACCGUCCUCAUACAGAUCCACUCAAAGGCGCUGUUUGCCGUACAGGACGAGCCCCAGAAGCCAGCAUGGAGCGGCUGGCUGACCUGCGUCAACGGCAAGCCUGAGUACCUGCGCUCACUCCCGAAGGACUUCAUCUGCCUGCCGCUCUUCGGCAGCGUUGGGGCCGAGGGUCUCUCUACUUUGGUCAAGUCCUGGUUCCAGCAGACCUUCGACUGCUGCUUUGGCCCGCUGGAAAUCAGCCACACGAGCCUACAGUGGCUGAUGGCGUUAUGGACCAACUGCCACACGGAGCACAGCAUCCAGCACCUCAAAAUGAUUUGGACUCUUCCAGCUGUGCCACCGCUGCAGGUCACCUACUCGGUUAACCCCGACGACGCCUGGGACCUGUGGAUAAGUGUGAGGAAGGAGAAGGAGAACAGAGGAGGGGCGGAGAAGGAGGAGGAGGAGGAGAACUGUAUCGACAUAGAGGAGGUGACGAGGUUCAUACAGGGGCUGAAGAACCACUUCUACAGACACUUCAGGCUGGACCUGUCAGCGGGCAGCCUGAACCAGGUCUCCACAGCUCUGGGCUCAGCCAAGUACAGCGGCAGAAUAAAGAUAUCCAACAGCAGAUACAUGAUCACCACCCUGACACUACUGACGGAGUGCGCCCUCCUCAAGAUGCCCAUCUGAGUGACCGAAUACAGACUUUAAUGGCACUGGGGAAUACGAUAUAGUCAAAACAGUAACUUCCUGAAAAGACUGGAAGCUGAUUCUUUUUUUUUUUAAACAAAGCCAAACAUCAUCUUUUUCUUUAACUCUUUUCAAAAGAGUAAUUUUUCCAUAAUAUUCUCUUUAAUGAAAGUCAUAUUCUGGCAUUUUUUCCCCUCUUAUUUUAACUUAAACAAAAAUACAGGAAGUCUUGCGGCUAUAAUUAUGAUUUAUUGAGUAUUGAGGGAGACAUUCCAGUGUUCCCAGUUUACCAUGUUGUCUACUUUGUCUGCUGUGCUGGCAAACAUCUGUAUGUUCCACCUCUUCUUGUAAAUACGAUUCCGUAUAUAUACUUGUCCAGCUGUUUUAUAUAUUUUUGUCAUUUAUAGUUGUAAAUAAAAGCAAAAA